ACUGCGGUGCGGUCGGAGGCCGAGACCCGGAGGACUUGGGGAGACCUGCUGGCUGGCUGCUGCAAAUCUAAUCCACAUUCCGAUCUUCUAGAAGCUUCAUUCAACCCCGCCGCUUUGGCUCCCCUCUCUCCCGUCCCCAUUUCGUCGCAGCAGUCCAAACCCUAGUUUAUUCCCCGCUCCCCUUCCUUCCGACGCGGCUCCGAGACAGGGUGAGCUGGGAGAGAGGACUAGGAGGAGGGUAUGGAUCGGAUCGUCGGCAGCAAGUACAAGCUCGGGCGCAAGAUCGGGAGCGGCUCCUUCGGCGAGAUCUACCUAGCGACGCACGUCGACACCUACGAGAUCGUCGCCGUCAAAAUCGAAAGCAGCAAAACCAAUCAUCCGCAGUUGCUAUAUGAGGCUAAACUGUACAAUGCUCUUCAGGGAGGGACUGGUAUUGCAAACAUCAAAUGGUGUGGCAUUGAUGGUGAUGAAAAUAUUCUUGUCAUUGAUUUGCUUGGGCCAAGCCUUGAAGAUCUUUUUGUUUAUUGUGGCCGGAGGUUCUCACUGAAGACAGUCUUGAUGCUCGCAGAUCAGAUCAUAACAAGAAUAGAAUUUAUGCAUUCUAAAGGUUAUCUGCACAGAGACAUCAAGCCUGAUAACUUCCUCAUGGGUCUUGGUCGAAAAGCUAAUCAGGUUUAUGUCAUUGACUUUGGGCUCGCCAAGAGAUAUCGUGACUCAACCACCAAUCGCCAUAUACCUUAUAGAGAAAAUAAAAACUUGACAGGCACAGCUCGCUACGCUAGUCGCAACACUCAUCUUGGGAUUGAGCAAAGCCGUAGAGAUGAUUUGGAAUCCAUUGGAUACGUUCUUCUGUACUUCCUCAGGGGAAGCCUUCCUUGGCAGGGCUUGAAAGCAGCCACGAAGAAACAAAAGUAUGACAAAAUAAGUGAGAAGAAGCUUUCGACUCCUAUUGAGGCUUUAUGUAAAUCCCAUCCUGUGGAAUUCGCUUCCUAUUUCCACUAUUGCCAUUCUCUGACAUUUGAUCAGCGGCCCGAUUAUAGUUUCUUGAGACGGCUCUUUCGAGAUUUGUUUGACCGUGAAGGCUAUCAGUUUGAUUAUGUCUACGACUGGACUUUGUUAAAGUGUAAGCAAUCCCAGAAGGCUAAGGCUAAACAAGGAUGCUCACAAGAUGCGGGUGCAAGCAGCCGUCCAGUUACAACGAAUGUGGACAAGCACAAAGUUAAUGUUGUACGCCCGGUUGAAGCUUCAGGUCUGGUUGAAGCAGAGCAACGCCCGGCAAUCAGAAUGCAAUUGAAGCCCAGUGCUGAAAAUAGCCGUUCAAAUAAUCUGCAUCAUGAUAGAUUGAGAGUGGCUGCUGGUCCUGAUAAUGCAUUAAAGCAAUCCACAUCAUUUGGCCGUGUUGAUGCUCCGAGGAACACUGCGGCUAUCUCAAAAACAUAUGGGUCUUUCGAUCCACAUACUCGUGGAAGUUACAGUCCUGGGCCCUCUAACCACAUUUGACCUUUGGAUCAUUUAGUUCCUAUAAAUGCAUGGGGGACAUUCAGUAAACAGUUGACUUUAAGAGAUGAUUUUGUUCACCACCCAGACAGCCAAUAUUUUCCUGGGACUUUAUUGGCAUGGUAACAACUUGGUCCGCAAUGUGCUGGGGCUGCCUGAUGUGGUUUUUGGAAGAAUCCUGGUCAAAGUUAUAUGUGUUUAUUCCUGAUGCAUGAAGCCAUUGCUGAAAGGAAAAUAGCUGUCAGGUUUUUGUGGGGACAUCUGUAUUGCUUGAGGUGAUUACUACCAACCAGAAAUAUUGGUUGGUGCUGAUUAUGAAUUCAGCAUCAGUUGUUGUUCUGGUCUUAUUAUUCUUUUCCGUCUGUGGAUAAUAUGGAACGUGCUUAGGGAUCUCAGCAAUCUAUUUUGUAUUUUAUACAAGUGGAUACAUUGUAACCCCUCAUUUGUCUGGGCUCGUUGAUUCAGGGUCCUUUCCAAAUAUAAUAAUGAUGCAUGUAUUCCAUGCUUAAAGAAAAUAAGGGAAUUUCACCAGGAUAGCUUUCAUUUUAAUUAGGGGCCAGCAGCAGGGAAAUGUGUGUGCUCUACCCAGUUUGCGACGUGCAACUUGUUUAACAUAAGAUGACAUGAUAUUCAACUUGGAUUGGGUGCAGCUUCCAAUGUGUAUGGCACUAAAUCGAACCAUACAAAGAUUCCGUAGAAGAAUCUAGGAAGUUUAUGAUUUGGUUUGCAUGCAUGAACCGCUGACUGUUUUUCGCUGCUUCACCCGUUUGCCUAUCUGCCAACAAAUGCUUAGGCAUGUGAAAAUUGAUCAAGCUUGUUCAUCCCUGUUACUAUAUUAAACUUUCAAGAGCUACAUACUGCAGCUCAAGGGCUCAGGGUAAAGGUUAUUGCAACUCAAUCUACACCAAUCUGUUUGAGAGGAGGGUUUAUGAACUCAUUUGUAUGCACAGAGAUGUCACAAGCCAAUGAACCGAAGUGAAAAAAAACAAUUCCACUGACAAGGUUACCCCAGUGUUUUGGCAAGUCAGUGUUGUCAAAUGCAUAAAAAGAGAUGAAUGGUGCACGUUUGAUCAGUGUUGUCAAAUGCAUAAAAAGAGAUGAAUAGUGUACGUUUGAACUGACUACGUUUCAACAAAAACAUUCUUUGUAGACCAGCUUGAAGCAGAGGAACAUAGGUGAUACUGGUUCUCCUGGUAAUAGCCCUAGCUCAUGCACCACCUGCCCUCCAACCAGCUUCACCACCUUGGUGGUCUUGUAGAUGUUUUUGGUACCAUUGGUGAUCAGCUUUAACGCAGCAUGAAUCUCAGAGUUGAGCUGCACAACUGCUUACCUGAUUGCAGUGCGGAGGGAUCAACAUUGUAUACCAGAGCACAUGUGUUUCUUCUUUCGUACUCAAGUUACACUUGUAGGCUAAUUCCAGCACUUAAUUCCUGUCUUCAGGGUGUACCCCAACUUUACCAGCGGACUGCAGAACUUCAGAUAUGAGCAUACAUGCUGUUGAGGUGGAGUGGUUGUCGAAGUAGAUUGUAUCACCUUGUAUUCCUGGUGUCUGCGGAGGCCAUCAUCUUCACUGCUGUGGUGCUUGUGUGCCAGCCUCAACGGUCUGGUCUGACCAAUGGUGUGGUGGUUUUGCAUAAAUGGAGCUGUGUAGUAGGGACUGGGUAUGUGAGCAGCAAUGACCUUUGGAGAAUGGAUCCUUAAUUCUUUGUGGCACUGCUGGAGCUUUAUGUUUGACGGUUGACGCUCAGGGCAGAGUCAGCUCUGCUACUCGGCGUCCACAACCAACCUGUGGACCUGCCAGUGGCAGAAUUGUGCACAGGAUUGCAGUGGGACCUGUUUGUUUUGUUACCUACAGAUGUGGGUAUGAAAUUCCAAGUAGACAAGUACCAGAAACGGUUGGUUGGAGAUGAGCUCGUGACUUCACCUGUGGACGGUGGUGCAGGUUGGUGCUCGUAAUACAAAGUAAUGCGUUGAUCCACCUAUCCCCAUUGACUAUUACCACGUAUGUAUAUUGGCAACUGUUUCAUGGUCGUUGGGUCUCAGCAAAUCUAUACAAUUGUCCCGCACGGUUACUCACAUUUUUACUAGAUUAUUUCUAGCACCGCUCUUCUAUCCAUCAAUAUUUGACUAUAAAUAAACUUUAAUGUCGCUUAAAUAUGCUCCCUCAAUCUUCAAUACUGUCAAAA